GACGCCCGGCGCCGCAGUGGAAACACGGCUGCUGCCAGGGUUGCGUUCAGCCGGCGAGAUCUGCAAGAUAGAUCUUUUGCUUGUGAGUGCCAGUAGUCGGGUUGAAAUGAUUGAUUUGUGACAAACGUGUGACCAAACUAACUGAUUUACUGACAGCUGUGGGUUAUAGUGUCCCGUUAAAUAUUUGCGCUGAUAUGACACGGACCUGUGAUUGCAAUUUAUCUUAUUAAUAUGUUGAACACGGUUUCGAUGAAAUCGUCGGUAAAACGGAAACAUUUGGAGAACUGGUACGCAUCACGUCCCACGAAGACACCGACUAUCUCCAUGUUAAAAAUUCAGCUCGUUUCGAGGUUCAGUGUUGAAAUAAUAAGCAAAUCGCGAUGUCCGACUCGCGCCGGGGGCCGCUAGACAUUGGGGGCGGUUUCGUUUGGUGGAGGUCCUCCACGUGGCGGGCAACAUACCCUGGGGCGCGCUAGAACAUGGCGUGAUGUCCACUGCCAAACGACUGGUGCUGAGUUGGCGGGGCCGAAAGCAGUCACAUGAUAGCUCGGUCGGGCGGCUAGUGGGACAUGGCGGAGGCAGCGCCCUGGGCCCCGGGGACAACCACGAGCUUGAUGAGAUCGCUGUCGUAUCCAGUAAUGCCGAUCCUUGUCACGUCAAGUAUGGCAGUGGAACUACACUAUCGACCAUCAAUGGGCCCAGACUCGUUCCGGGGAUAAUCACAAGUGGAGGAGGAUGCAUGGUAGGGGAGCGUUUAAGCAGCAGUGGAACGUGUUUGAAUGUCAGCCCGCCUGUGCAAGGGGGGGCUCCCGCCACCGCCCCCCACAAAGCCAGCACGGAGAGCGUCCACCGGGUCCUUAAAUCUGUCUCCAGGCAGAGCCUGCUAGACCUGGUCGGCUGUAAACUAGGAAUGUCAAAGAGCCGUCAGCCUCAAAGCUACCAUCAACAGCGUUACUUUUCAUCGUCUCACGAUAGCAUCUCAACGUCGUACAUCAAUAGAGCAGCGAAUGUUAGUUCGGCCGCGAGUGAAUUGGAUCUGUCAAGAAAAGCUCGAAGAAAAGACUUGAGAGGUCGAUUGAAAUUGCCUACGAGUGUAACCCUAGCCAGUUCCGGGGAAGCGCCGCUUCUUGGUGCUUGGAGGACGGCUCCGGGUUCCACCGCUGGAACUAAUCCACCCUCCACCAAUCAUCUCAAUUCAACAAGCAGUUGCAACGGAACUGAAAGCCGCUACGGCUUCAGGAGAGGUGAAUCGUACAGUUCAAGGCUGCGAACAGGGUCGGCAAAUUGGUCUUUCGUUUUUGAUCCUGCGGGAAGACUGUGCUAUUACUGGUCCAUGGUCGUCUCCUUAGCCUUUCUUUACAAUUUUUGGGUCAUUAUUUACCGCUUUGCCUUUCGAGAAAUUGAUGCGAACACUAUCCUAGUGUGGUUCUGCCUGGACUACUUCGCAGACUUCCUCUACCUGGUGGACAUCAUGUUCCAUUUCCGGACCGGUUACCUGGAGGACGGCGUGUUGCAAACGGAUUCGACGAAACUGCGACACCACUACAUGAAUUCCACCACGUUCUACAUAGACUGUUUGUGCCUGUUGCCUCUCGACUUCCUGUACUUAUCCGUGGGUUUCAACUCGAUCUUGCGUUCGUUCCGUUUGGUGAAAAUCUACCGCUUCUGGGCGUUCAUGGAUCGCACCGAACGCCACACGAACUACCCGAACUUGUUCAGAUCCACCAGCCUCAUCCACUACCUCCUAGUUAUAUUCCAUUGGAACGGCUGUUUGUUCCAUAUCAUAUUAAAAAACGACGGCUUCGGCUCUAAAAACUGGGUGUACAGUGACUCGGAAAGUACGGAUUACGUGAAAGCGUAUUUGCAGAGUUAUUAUUGGUGCACGCUAGCGCUGACGACCAUUGGGGACUUGCCCAGGCCUAGGAACAAGGGGGAGUAUCUCUUCGUCAUCUUCCAGCUGUUGUUCGGGCUCCUGCUCUUCGCCACUGUAUUGGGUCACGUCGCUAACAUCGUAACCUCCGUUUCCGCCGCUCGCAAGGAGUUUCAGGAUAACUCGGCAAUAUCGAAACUCGACGGAGUCAAAACGUAUAUGAGAAUGCGCAGGGUACCAAACCAUUUGCAGGUGAAAGUGAUUAAAUGGUUUGACUAUCUAUGGCUCACCCAAAAGUGUUCAGAUGAAGAAAGAGCCGUAUCGUGUCUUCCAGAUAAGCUAAAGGCUGAAAUAGCAAUCAACGUUCAUCUAGAUACUCUGAAAAGGGUGGAGAUUUUUCAGAACACCGAAGCCGGAUUCCUGUGCGAGUUGGUGCUGCGGCUGCGGCCGGUCCUGUUCUCCCCCGGAGAUUACAUUUGCAGAAAAGGCGAGGUCGGCAAGGAAAUGUAUAUAGUGAACCGAGGCCGCCUUCAAGUGGUCGCCGAUAACGGGAGGACAGUCCUGGCCACUCUGAAAGCCGGGAGUUAUUUUGGGGAGAUUUCCAUCCUCAAUAUGGGCACGGCAGGUAAACACCUUGGAAACAGGAGAACGGCGAGCGUAAGAUCAGUGGGUUACAGCGAUUUAUUUGUAUUGAGUAAAAAGGACAUGUGGGACGUUUUAAAAGAAUAUCCUGCAGCUAGAGUUCGUUUGGAAGCUAUAGCCGUCAAGAGACUCGAGAAAUAUAAGAGGGCGCCUCUGGAGAAAGCUGCCAUGGGUCGCAGCCAGUCCACACCGGGUCUUGUGGAAUCACGCGGUAAAGUUCCUUUAGAAGAUAUGUGGGUGCCCCCAGCUCUGGUAGGAUUUACACCCGCCUAUCCUAGAUCGUUAAUGGGAUCUCCGCCCAGACCUGUACCAGAUAGUCCAUUAGGAUCAACAAGCAGCGGGAGAAGCCACCACCACACUCCUGCUUCGCAUGCCAGAUCAGGCACAACAUUGCACUGCGACAGCAUGACGCAGCUGGUGUCGGGAACGGCGUCUCCGCUGCUGGGUUCUCACGAGGCGCUCGAGUCGGAAAUCAAGAGACUGCGUGAGCGACUCCACACAGUGGAGACCGAAAACGCGGCAAUGAGCGAGAAACUCAACCAGCAGCAGUGGGAGUUGGAGAAUCGGCUCGCCGAAAUCGAGAUGCAGAUAUGCGGCUCGCGAUCGACCAGCAGCCUGGAGGACAACGAAAGAAACCGGGAGAGCAUCAUUUAACAACAAAAUGCGCUGCCUUACCACAUACUGCGAACGGCGACGUACGCGUUCGUUCAAUAUAUUGUGUAACGGCGGCAUCCAACUGACAUUUAAAAACGAUUUUUAGUGAAAUUUUUACUGUUGCCAAAUUGUCUGGUGGACCGUUCACGAAAUAACUGCCAAAUUUAUGUAAAUUUUCCCUAAGUUAGUGUACACACCACCCUGUGAGUGAAACAUAUGUGUUAUAUUUGUCAUGGUGCUUCGAUCGAUAUUCGAUAAAUGCGUCAGUACGACGGUGCGUUUCUAUACAUAAUUAAUGGUGUCAAAGUUUGCAGAGGACCACGGUAUUACUCUUACGGCGCAUCACCUAAAAAAUACACGAAAAACCGAAGGAAUUAUUCAACAGUGACGUAAAAAGUUGCCGGGAGAUUUAUGGGCUGGAUGACCCAUCAUUUAUUGCCACGCAAAAAUGGAGCCCUCUCGACUUACAUCCACCGAAUUACCACAGACAUUUUUAACAAUAAAGCAUUAAUCCCCAAUUCAGUAUUUCAUGACGCAACUGCUAAAGCUAAUUACUAUAAAAUUUAAUUGUGACGUUGCAAGAGAUUAAUUUCGUCAUGAUGUCCGUGUUCUAUUAUGGACUAUAAUAAUAACUUUCGUCUUAACUUUAUAAUGUCGACUAACCCAAUCAAACUCAAAUUAAUCACUUCGUUCACCAGAACUUGCCAAGAAAACUCUCUUCUUCACAGAAUUAUUAAUUUUUAUUAUUAAUUAGGAUUCCAAAUUUUGUAACACUGUCACAUUUCCGAUACAAUCUAGUGCAACAAGUAAUCAUAUUUUUUUAUUUUUUUAAUAAGUAAUUUAUAAAAUUUUAUUACUCAUUAUUUAAAUAAAAUAUAUUUGAAAUGCGCAAUAUAUAAAUAGUAAUAUUUGCGUAUCAUUAACUUAUUAUUAUCAUUAUUUUCAGUUAAAUAUGUAUUAGCCGAUCAUUCUUUAUUGAGCAUGUCAUAUUACUGUUGAUUUUAUUUUGGUUGAUAAGAUGGCGGCAGACUGCUCACAUCACUUUUUUAAUCAUUCAGGAAAGAACAAUUUAAUUUUUCAUAAUAAAAUUCACUUGCAAAUUAACAAAUAUUUAUUUCAUUGUAUAUUACAAUGACCUUAUUUGAAAAAAUGUAAUUAAAAAUUGCUUGUGCAUACACUAACGGAAUACUUUUUAUUGGGUGCGCUUUCGGGUCAAAUAAUUACAUUUCGCAACUUUCGUCUUUCCGUCUUUCCUACCUGUUCUUGUUUCCCCGUAAAAGAAUAAAUUGUUGAGUCAUGAAAAUCUGGCAAAACGUUUCUUCACCGAGCUCUGACCUAGGGCGUAGUCAAAAAUACUACUCCGAGACUAAUUUUGAAUAAACACAAUUACCAUAUCACAUAAAAAAUAUUGGAAUGUACAGGAGGGACUUUAGAACGGUGUUCAUGAUUAUCAAAACAUUCGUAAUCACUUAAUCAGUCUGCAAGUUUGCAAGUUUACCUAAGGCACCAGUGUUUCCACAACCAUUACGUGCAUUACAAUUGUUUUUAUUUUUUUAUUUUCUUAAAUCAGUAAAUUAAUAAUAAUCAAUCAAUGCAACACUUUUUUGCUACCAUUUACGUUCAAAAAAUCUUCACUUUUUAAUUUUUAAAUUAUCAGUUCACAAACUACUAUUUAAAUGCUAUUAUAAAGAUCUUUCAAAUGUGGAAACCUCGGUAGAAACUGAUCUGAUCAGUAUUAUUUCUUAAUACCGUAUGACCGUAUGAAAUAAAACAAUUACAAGGGUACUGUCCAUAAAAUUGAAAUACUGAUCAUUUAGUAUUUAGUAAUUGAAACUAACAUACAAAUGAGGGCAAAUUAAUACAAGAUUUUUUACAAGUUUUAAAAAAAGCUGUUGGAAAAUCCUCAAACAACACACAUUAAUACAGUGUGUCAUUUAAAAAGCACUGAAGUGUCGUCAGUGUUUCCAAAAACAUAAUUUUACUAAAGAUUAUUGAGUUUGAAAUUUUCAACCCACAAAAUGUUUGAAAACACACCAACAUUUGGUAAAAACAAUGCGCCGCGAGUGCGUGGUCCUCUGCCAGCCAUUGUGUGCUGUACCCAAACAUGGUACUAUGACCUGGUUCAAUUUUAAUUAAAAUAAUUACCACAGACUCUAAUGAAUUAAUUUAGUUACGAUGAACGGGGUGCAUGUGACUAAGAAGAAAAUUCAUUGAAAUGGCAUCACGGUUUUUGCUUCGUGUGCCAAUUUCAAAAGGGCGGCCCGAGUGCAGGGACCAAACUUAUCCUAAGUUACGAUGCGCACAUCAAUCUUUGAUCCUUUCCGACCAGCUGUUAUUCCAACCCACUGCUUAUGUGACGUAGUACUGAACCAAAAUUUAAAACGAAAUCUUAAACAUUGAUUUGUUUCGUAAACAAUCUCAAUUAAAAGUGAACAGAUAAUCGCUACUGUGACAAAUAUACUAACUAUGAAAGUGCCUAAAAUAAGAAUGUUAAGUCUUAGAUUUUUAAUGAAUAGAAAUAAAUGUAGUUUUUAUUAAAGUGUAGUGUCGCGCUGGUUGUUUUCAUCAUGACUUCUUAAAGCUCUAUUAUUAAAAUACAGUUUUCGUUCCGUACUACGCCCGUUAAGCUUCAAGGCUUGACAAACGAAUUAUCCGAAAGCAUCAAGGAGUUUGCGAAGCUCUAAAAGUGAAAGUAUUACUGCCAUGUUUAUCAGUCUUAUCAUCUUUUAUCUCGUUCUAGUCCGUAGUUUUAGCUAAUUAGUCUUUUUUAGAGCAGUCUUUUAGGAGCCGUAGAUCCUUUCAAAGUUUGCUUCAUCUGUUGACUUUCCGUAGACGCUGAGUAAAAAUGACCCACCACCAGUGAGACCAAAUACUUUAAGAUAUUUUACCUGUACAUUGCUUACGGAUAGUAUUAUUCGAAUUAAGAGUUUGUACAACUUCUGUUGAGAAAAUCAAUUUCCAUACGAAAAUUUUAAAAGUAUUAUAUUACUUAUUAAAUUGGUAUAGAAGCAAAUUUUACGAAUAUAAAAUAUGUUACAAAUAUUUGUUGCUAUAUUGUUACAUAGGUAUAUUUAUAAUUGAAAUCGUAUUUAUUACGUGUACUUUCUUUUAAGUAACGGCACGUCUUAUGAUGAUACAAACAUGUUUGCCAAUUUGAUAACACAGUUUUAGUUAGGGUUUUAUCGGUUGUUACCCGUGCCAAAGCCAGCACAAUAAAUAUUACGAUUUUAUCCCCUUAGCUAAACCCAUUAUUCGAUUUCUCAAACGUUUUCAUUGUUAUACCCAAUUAUUGAUAUGAUCCCAUUAAUAAAAUUUUUAAUUCUAAA